CAUAAAGCGAUUCAGUGUGUCGGCGUGCUCGCGGCAGCUCGGGGUGACACGAUAUCACGAAGGAUGAAUCGUCGCGUGGCUUGCCUCUUACUGCUGUCGGUCUGCGUCGCGCAGAGCCUCGGGUGCAGUCCUGCGAGCGAGCGCGAUCGGAAUGCUUGGCGAGAAGCUCGCGAGAAAAGACACGUGGACAGCGUCGUCGCAAUAAUCAGCGCCGUCGUAGACAGGAUAAAGAGAUACGCGGACGAGGUGGGAAGCUCGGCCGCGCAGAGCUGCUACGACGAAUCAAGGCAAUUAUUAUUAUUAGACUUGUCGAGUAACGGCGAAGAGGAGGUAAGAAGAUGCAUAGAAAGUGCCGAUACGGAACUCAUCGCCGACGAGUGCUGUUACGAACUUCAAAGUCUUAUUGGAGAAGAAUCAAUGAAAGUAGCCCUGGCAGCGACGAGUUGCAUCGAUAAGGCUAGAUUGUCGUAUAGAUAGCGCGUAAACUUUAUCUGCCUGUCUCUCUCGAUGUUACACGGAUAUCUGGCAUAUUUCAAGAGCAGUUCAAAUAUUCACGGUGCCUCGCAAAAUACUCUCUCAUUGUACUCGCGCUUUCUUUGAAAAAGAAAGAUUCCUGUGUUCGAACCUGAUUACUUUUGCCACAGGCGUGUUCAAACGAUGCCCAUAAAAGUGCUGUCGAUUUUAAAAAUAGUAGUUUUGUUUCGACUGACAUCGCUUUUCAAUUGACGCGAACAAUCGUUAGCAGAGCGGCAGAAGAUGAACGGAGUGCAAGCUCUUGCAAU